ACCAUCACCGCAUACAGAUUCGUAGGCUGAGUGAAACCCCUGUAUCCCGCAUCAUACAAGUUGUCCUCCAUUUCUCGGAUCUCCUAACUUAACCUUCAUCGCCAACUUUUCCAUCUGACUCCAGAAACCACCGCCCGCUGCAACAGGGCACCGGUCGCUCUCCAGGGCCAAGUCCAUCCCCUGAGCGCUGCUUCCAGCCUUCCUUACUCUGCCGCUGCGUUGCACAGCUCGCUGGGCGACGCUCGAUGCGAAACAGUGAGCGCAGCAGCAGACAUCGCACCGCGCUCCUUUCCCUUCUAUGUACCGAUUCUCCUGAUCCAUCCUCGACGAUCCCAUGGCGCGCCCCAUGGGGCCGGUUCGCCUGAAGAGGACGAACCCAGUGACGCUGGUCCUUGGUGCUGCUCUUUGCAUCUUUAUCCUAUACUUUGUAAUAGGCUCUUCCGCUCCCGACUUUUCUCCUUCUCGCAAGGCCACGGCUGCAUCUCACCAUCUCUCGCCGCCAACAUCCCCUUUCCGCAAGCCAGCCAGUGGCAGCAAGCCGAAACCGCCGCCCGUCGCGCAUUACAACCUCAAUAAUGUCACAAUCACGCCGAAUCCGCUCGAGAACCGCGAGAACAUUCUCAUCCUGACCCCUAUGGCCCGCUUCUACCAGGAAUAUUGGGACAACCUGCUCAAGCUGUCGUAUCCUCACGAGCUGAUCACGCUGGGUUUCAUCCUACCAAAGACGAAGGAGGGGAACCUGGCGACGACGCAGUUGCAGAAACAGAUUGCGAAAACCCAGAAGACAGGGCCAGAGAAGGACAGGUUCAAGAGCAUCAUCAUACUGCGGCAGGAUUUCGACCCGCCGCUUGCAUCUCAGGAUGAGAGCGAGCGACACAAAAUGCAGAACCAGAAGGUCCGACGGGCAGCCAUGGCCAAGGCCCGCAACUCACUUCUCUUUUCCACCCUCGGUCCGUCGACGUCCUGGGUCCUCUGGCUAGACGCCGAUGUCGUCGAGACCCCGCCAACCCUUAUACAAGACCUAGCCAAACACGACAAGCCCGUCAUUGCGCCCAAUUGCUUCCAGCGAUUCUACAAUCCGGAGACGAAAGCGAUGGACGAACGGCCUUACGACUACAACAACUGGCAGGAUAGCCCCACGGCGCAGGAGAUGGCACAACACAUGGAUCCGGACGACAUCCUGCUGGAAGGCUACGCGGAAAUGGCGACUUACCGAGCGCUUAUGGCGAAGAUGGCCAAACCAGACGGUCUUCUCCACGAGGAGGUUCCGCUGGACGGUGUGGGUGGCGCAGCGUUGCUAGUGAAAGCCGAUGUUCACCGAGACGGGGCCAUGUUUCCCCCCUUCGCCUUCUACCACUUGAUUGAGACUGAGGGGUUCGCGAAGAUGGCCAAGAGGUUAGGUUGGCAACCGGUUGGCCUGCCAAAUUACAAGGUCUACCACUACAAUGAGUGACACGCUAUGGGAACCACAAUUCAAGGUUGCCGCGCGGUCACUCAGAUAUGGUCUUCCCCCGGGAAUUUGGACUAGCGCAGGUUCUGUUCUGUGCGUCUAGUUGUAGACGUGGAACGGAUGUCGGGAGUUUGGGAGAUCGGCCAACGUCACGAUUUGAUACCCCGACUUGUUUACGGUAGCAUAUACGGGUGUAGCCAGAAGAGGCAGAAAGCCGCUGGCCCCCGGAAAGCCUUCCGUUCUGCUGAGUUAGAGAGACCAAGGCAGACGGCCGAUAUCGCCUAGGUUGCGGAGUUGUAAGAUACCAUAUGCCAUGACAGCGUUUAUGAGCUUAGAUACGAUGGCCGAUUUCAGGUUCAUAUGUUGGGCUGACAUUGUCAUUGCUAAGUAACGACGCCAGGCAGGCAGGCAAGCAAGUGAUGAGAAAAUAUACGAGGGUUGGAUGCGGCGCUCAUUAUUAUGCUGCUGCACGAGUCUAUAGGAACGAUGCUGUUG